CUCUGGCCGCCGCGUUUCCCGCGCCGCGGCGCUUCUCCCCUUAAAAGGACAAUAGAGGCCUCGGGAGCGCGCGCGGCCGCCAGGCCUUCUCCCCUCCCAGCCCGCGACGCGCGCGCGCCCUAUGCAAAGUAGUUCGAUUCAAGAGAAUUUUGUACCGGGAGCCGCGCGUGCGCAGAGGGAAAGCGGAAUCUACACCUUCCCGGCCAGCGGUAGCAACUGCAGAACUGCAGGAGACAAUCUUUCUAGACAAGGCAGUUGAGGAGGAGGGAGCGCUUGGAGGGGGGGUUGGCCUGGCGUGCACUCCGCACCUCGGGGACGCUGCUGCGCGUGGAACGGCUGCUUUUGGAAGACUGUUGCCCAGAAGAAAAGAUGUUUGGUUUCCACAAGCCAAAGAUGUACCGAAGUAUAGAGGGCUGCUGUAUUUGCAGAGCUAAGUCCUCCAGUUCUCGAUUCACUGACAGUAAACGCUACGAAAAGGACUUCCAGAGCUGUUUUGGGUUGCAUGAAACUCGUUCGGGAGACAUCUGCAAUGCCUGUGUCCUGCUUGUGAAAAGAUGGAAGAAGUUGCCAGCAGGAUCAAAAAAAAACUGGAAUCAUGUGGUAGAUGCAAGGGCAGGACCCAGCCUAAAGACUACAUUGAAACCAAAGAAAGUGAAAACUCUGUCUGGAAACAGGAUAAAAAGCAACCAGAUCAGUAAACUGCAGAAGGAAUUUAAACGUCAUAAUUCUGAUGCUCACAGUACCACCUCAAGUGCCUCCCCAGCUCAGUCUCCAUGUUAUAGUAACCAGUCAGAUGAUGGCUCAGAUACAGAGAUGGCUUCUGGUUCCAAUAGAACACCAGUUUUUUCCUUUUUAGAUCUCACAUACUGGAAAAGACAGAAAAUAUGUUGUGGGAUUAUCUACAAAGGCCGUUUUGGGGAAGUCCUCAUCGACACACAUCUAUUCAAGCCUUGCUGCAGCAAUAAGAAAGCAGCUGCUGAGAAGCCGGAGGAGCAGGGCCCAGAGCCUCUGCCCAUCUCCACUCAGGAGUGGUGACUGAGGUUUUUAUGUAGAAGGGGAACAAAAAAUGAUUUAAGUUUUGAAAAGACCACAAAGCAACAAGCUGACCCUCCUAUUUUUAACUUGGAUACUGCUAUUCUGCCAAAAGACAACUUCUAGAAUAGUUUUGAAUGGGUUAUUUUCCCCCCAGUUCCACAACCUCUGAAGCCAGUGUCUAGCUUACUAAAAAAAAGAAUUGUAUAUAAUAUUUAAGAUGCUGAGUAUUUCAUAGGAAAGCUGAAUGCUGCUGUAAAGUGCUCUUUAAGUCUUCUUCUUUUUUUUUUUUUUAAAUCCCCUUCUAAUGAAUGAAACUAAGGGGAAUUUCAGGGGACAGUGAUGGGAUUUGUUGUAUGAUAAACAGUAUGUAGUUUUAGUCUUUCUAUAUUGAGAAGCAGUGGUUGGGGCAUAUUUUAAGAUGGCUGGCUACACUUGUUUUCCCUCAUGAUAAUAAAGUUGUCAUAACUCAGCAACACGGACUUGCUCCUAGAGGUAAUUGUUAAGAAUUUUGAAAUAUUAAGGUCUUGCCAAGGUUCUGAUGAUUCAAACCUGUACUACUGAUUAUUAAGCAGGACAGACUGAGCUUUCUGUUAGAAAUACCUUGAAGGAAAAAGUAAUUUCUAAAUAUACAGAGAUGUCAACUUGACUGUAUAUUUUGCAUCCUGUGCCACCUCCCUUCAUAUUAAUAUUUGAUACGGAUUUUAAUUUAUGUGAAAUUUCUAAAGCAGAAUGAAAGCUCUUUUUGGGGGAAUGGCAAAUCUUUGGGAUAGGUGAGACCCGAGGUGAAUAGUACCAAAGCAUUACCCCACGGUAGACAGCACACUUGAUUAAAAAUGUUAAACUGUCUGAGAAAUAAAAUGUUCAAGUCUUCAAGAUGGCACAAAACAAAGGUUGAUGCUUUUGGGGGCGUAUUUUCUUAGAGGGCUUGCCGAGUAUGUAAAUAAUUGACUUUGUUUGUGUUA